AUGCCACAGAGGAAAUUAUCGGCUGAGUCGCGGAUCGUUAUCAUCAUUCCAAGUUCCAACAGCUACUUUGAAUGGCUAGAUUCACAACCAAUUGGUUCUAUUCUUUACAUAGCACAGGGAAGUUUCUUUUCAGCUUCAAGUGAACAAGUUGAUGAAAUUGCAAGUGCUUUAUGUGAAAGUAAUGUUCGAUUUUUAUGGAUAGCGCGUAAUGAAGCUUCAAGGUUGAAACAAAUUUGUGGAAACAUGGGAUUGGUUUUGGAAUGGUGUGACCAAUUGAGAGUGUUGUCACAUUCUUCUAUUGGUGGAUUUUGGUCACAUUGUGGUUGGAAUUCUACUAAGGAAAGUGUUAUUUCUGGAGUACCGUUUUUUACUUUUCCAAUUGUUUUUGACCAACCAUUUAAUAGUAAGAUGAUAGUAGAGGAUUGGAAGGUUGGAUUGAGAGUUAAAGAAAAUGUUAAGGAAGAUGUUUUGGUAAAGAAAAGUGAAAUUGUAAAAUUAGUGUGUGAACUUAUGGAUUUUGAUAGUGAGCUUACAAAGGGUAUUAGGGAAAGAAGUAGAAAGCUUAAAAAGAUAUGUUGUGAUGCAAUGGGAGAUGGUGGCUCAGCAGACACUGAUUUGAAAGCCUUCAUUGGUGAUAUAAUAAUGCAUUCUUCUUCAAAGUUCACACAUGCUUAAAGGACCACUUCCUGCAGUGAAGUCUCUAUCUCAAUAAUAUUUUGAUGUGUAGUUUAUUGGAUUCAAAUGUCCAUGCUUAUUAAUAUUCUUGUUUGUUUGUUAUUUAUUGUUAUUGAAAUAAAUUAUUCCAGUGGUGCAUUGAAAUGUA